AUGACGCUGCUGCAGCCGCUGAUAGCCCUGCUGGCGCAGGCGGUGGGGGUGUCCUCCACGAGCAGCGCGGCGUCGGCCUCUCUGUGGACCACCGCCCAGGGCGCCGAGAAGAAGAUGACAAAGGGUGCGGACGUGCAGUUCAAGGAUGACUUCGAUUUCGACGGGCCCGUCGUCGGGAUAUCGGGGAGGCGGGGCCAGAGCAUCACCGGCUUCGGCUCCGCCUUCACGGAGGCGGCCGCUUCCGUGUUUGCGGAGUUGCCCACUGCCAAGCAGGAGCAGUUGUUGCAGCUGCUGUUCGGUAAAGACGGCAUGGGAUUCACAGUGGGCCGUGUGCACAUCAACAGCUGCGACUUCUCCAUAGAGAACUACGACUUCGACGGCGAGGAGGGCGACGUCGACCUGAAAAAGUUCGACAACAACGUCACUCACGACCAGAAGUUGCUCAUCCCGCUCAUCACGCGCGCGCAGGAGGUGCUCAAGUCGACGGGGCGGAACCUCAGCCUGCUGGCGUCCCCUUGGAGCCCCCCGUGGUGGAUGAAGACCAGCGGGCAGAUGGACGGCUCCGACGACGUGUGCCUCAAGGACGGGAUGCGGCCUACGUGGGCCAAGUACAUCUCCAAGUGGAUCUCUGCCUACCAGAAACAGGGCGUGCCCAUUUGGGCGAUCACCGUGCAGAACGAGCCGGAGUUUAACGCCCCGUGGGAGGCGUGCAAGUGGAGCAAGGAAGAGGAGGCGGAGUUCGUCGGACGGGACUUGGGCCCAACCCUGCGGAAGGAUCACCCAGACGUGAAGAUCUUCGCCUACGACCACAACAAGGACGAUGCGUUCGAGUGGGCGGAGGCCCUGUUGGGGGACAGUACUGCUUCGCGUUUUCUCACUGGUAUAGGGCUGCACUGGUACUCUGGGGACAUGUUCGACCAAGUUGCCAAGAUCCACGAAAAAUUUCCCGAUGCGGUCAUCCUGGGGACUGAGGCCACCUUUGAGAAGCAGGCUUGGGACGCUGGCGACACCAUGAUGAAAGAGGGCAAGUGGAGCUUCGGUGAAGGGUACGCUCAUGACAUCAUGGGUGACCUGAAAGCCGGCGCUACAGGCUGGAUUGAUUGGAAUCUGGCGCUUGACAAAGACGGCGGGCCCAAUCAUGUGGACAACGUUUGCGAUGCAGCUAUUAUCGUCAGUGAUCAAAGCUAUUAUGUACACCCGCAGUUGUAUUACAUGGGCCAUUUUUCGAAGUGGGUUCUGCCUGGCUCCGAGUAUAUCGAGACGUACGUAUUGAAUUCCGUGAGUUACAGUGGUGAGACAAGGGGCUACGGCACGUGCAAAUCUAGCGAUGGAUUGCAGGCAGCGUCUUUUAUGCGCCCCGAUGAGCAAGUUGCGCUUGUGGUGCUCAACUGUGGGGACACGCAGAUUGAGUUCAAGAUCCACGCGGGCGAGAAGGCAGCGAAGGCCAAGAUCCCAGCGCACGCCAUCCAGACCUACCUGAUCAGCAGGAGCGACGACGCGGCGACGCCCGAGGCCAAGGAGGACCCGCCGGCACGCCAGGAGGCCGAGCCGCUCCCCGACGACUUCCCGCCGGCGCCUGCUGGGGCCCGGGUCACCACGAGGACCGGCACCACCACCACGACCACCUCGAGAGGCGCCGCCGCGGGCGCGGCGGACGGUGCGGGGCCUGCGCCCGGCGACUGCACCUACUUCAACAGCGGCGACGGC